UUGAAGUUUGCCUCGUCAGCCCUAGAAUUUGAAUUUGGGGUUGCCCUAAAAGACAGAGCUCUUUGUCGUGAAGCUCGCUCGUUGUGUCCGCCGCGAUGGAUUCUCUCCUCUUCCAGGUCUGGUUCUUUUCAAGAUCAGGGAUAGCUAGGGAAUGCAAGGCGCUGGCACGAGGAAUCGAUUUGGAUUCCAAAGCCGCAAGCCGGAGGAGGAGGAUUCGAGCGCGAGCGCCUCGGGAUUUCAUUUCGGAGGCGCCUGGUCGGAUCUCAACACAAAGCCUGCGGAGGUAGGACACCUCGCCAAUGUUACGGCAUCGAUGCGAUCCAUAAUCCCGCCAGCGCGGCCCAAGACUCCGGUCGUGGGUUGUAGUACCAAUGUUUCUCCAAGAAGCAAGGAGAACACUGAAUUCAACCAUUUCCAGAGAACUAGUACCAUUGUUUCUCCAAGAAGCAAGGAGAACACUGAAUUCAACCAUUUUCAAAGGACUGGAACUUCGACGUUGAAAAGCGAUCACGAUCCUCAAGCCCUCUCUGGAGUAAAUUCCACGUACACCUCAGAAAGAAACGACACCACUUAUACUCAAAACAGGCCUAACACUGGGCCUUCCAGUUUCAAAAGACUACAAGAUCAUGAAUCGCUCUCCGCAAGCAUCGAGAGAACGAGCACCACCGCAAGCUUUGUUUCCACAACCAACCCUCUACUGAGGAAAGAUCACGCCGGUACUAAGCUAUCUCGUUCUGUUUCUCACAACAAUCUGGGUGCAUUGGUGGCCAAGCUUUCGACUUGUUCUGCGGCAUGUAACCGGCUUGUUGAGCUGCCAGCCCAGCACUCCACAAACGGCGAUUCACAGCAAUCGAGUUGCUUGCCGGCUAGCAGCUGCGUUUCUGUUGCUGCUCAAAAUCAGACGACGAGUUUCAUAUCCAGCACGCCGAAGUUGUGGGUUAACAAGCAUCGUCCCGAGAGCUUGUCCUCGUUCGUUAUCAACUGUCGGCAGGCCCACGAUUUGAAGCAACUAAUAUCUGCGGGGCACUGUCAUCACUUGCUUUUCGAAGGACCUCCUGGAUGCGGAAAAAAGAGUUUGAUCAUGGCGCUGCUGCGAGAUGCCUUUGGAAUUUCUGCGUGGCUGGUUAGAGAUUUCACUAGAACUUUUGACGUCGAGGGAACAAAAGUGUCUCUUCCUAUAGCAUCAAGUGCUCAUCAUGUUGAACUGAAUCUCCUCCAUGUUGGAGUUUAUUUAAGGCCCGUGCUCACCACACUCUUGAAAGAAAUGAAAGUGGCAUGUACAGCUUAUGAUAACGAUUCUUAUAUCAGGAGCUACAAAGUUCUUGUUCUUCAUGAUGCGGACGAAGUGAGUGCCGAGGCACAGCAGCAUAUUCGCUGGCUCAUGGACCGCUACUCAGAUUAUUGCAAGUUCAUGUUGCUCUGCUGCUCUCAGCCGUCUAAGCUCUCCGACUCUGUUCGAUUGCGGUGCAUUGUCGUGGACGUACACAAUCCAACAGUAGAUGACGUUGUGCAAGUUCUUUAUUUCGUUGCCAAGCGAGAGAAUCUGGAUCUGCAAGAGCACUUUGCCUGGCGGAUCGCAAAAGCAUCGAAGAAUUUCCGACAGGCCGUGCUAUCAUUAGAAGCAUGCAAGCUAAAGCAGUAUCCAUUUGACGAAAACCAGGUGAUUGCGAUCGAGUGGGAGAACGACAUUGUUAGCAUGGCACGGGAUAUCAUCGACGAACAAAAUCCAAGAAGGCUUUAUAAGGUAAAAAGAAAUAUGCAAAAGCUUUUAGACGAGGGCGUAGCUGCAAAGCUUAUCCUUUGGAGGCUUGUUGACGAGCUUAUUAAGCUAGUAAAUGUUUCUUUCAUGGAGGAAAUAAAUCAAUGGGCUAAGUUUUAUGCAAAAAGAACUCCAGAUGGAAUUGACGCUAUUUUCAAGCUAGAAGAAUUUGUGGCCAAAUUAAUGAGUUUAUAUAAGAAAUAUGGUUAAUGAAAUACGAAAAACUACACACCACACAAUACAAAUACCACAUGUUAUA